AUGACGUGGCAAAACCACAAAAGACCAAAAGUGAUAUGCGGGCAAAAAUUCCAACUGUUUAGACCCGUCAUCGACGAACGAGCUCGGAAAAUUCAAUCGGAUUGUGCGAAAAUGCCGGUCAUGGAGAAACUGAGGAUGUUCGUCGCGCAGGAACCAGUUGUCGCCGCUUCUUGCUUAAUCGGCGGUGUUGGACUCUUUUUGCCUGCUGUUGUGAGGCCUAUCCUAGAUUCACUCGAGGCCUCCAAGCAAGUUAAAGCGCCUCCACUUACCGAUGUA